AAAUUUGUAUUUUGGAUCGUCAAAACGGAUAAACAAGAGUAUAUAAAAGAAAAAUAAAUCUGAUACACGAAUAAAACGCAAAAUAGCAAUGGCAUUGAGCAGUGCAGGAUAUCAAUGCCGAUGGGUAACAUGGAGAUCGCAACACAAUGUCGGCAGCGCUCUUAAAGGAAGGACGCAGCAGUCCAUAAAUUUUAGUGGUUCAAAUAUAAUUUCCCUGAAAAAUUAUAAGUGUCAUAAUGUUAGCAUGAAAACAGGGAGAAUUUCAAGUGGGUCACUGAUUGGAAAUGUAACAGAGGAUGUAGUGACCAAUGAAGCAGAAAAACGGUUGAUAGAUAGCUUGCUGGGAAUUCAGGGCAGGGGACGUUCGGCUUCUCAAGAAAAAUUGAAGGAUGUGGAGCAAGCAAUAAAAGCACUUGAAUCAGCAGCUGGAGUGUUGGACCCGACUAGUUCCUCUUUAAUUGAAGGUCGAUGGCAGCUCAUUUUCACCACAAGGCCAGGCAGUGCAUCUCCUAUUCAGCGAACAUUUGUUGGAGUAGAUGCAUUUACCGUCUUUCAGGAGAUACAGCUGAGAGAUACAGAUGAUCCCAGAGUUUCUAAUAUUGUUAGAUUUUCAGAUGCUAUUGGGGAGCUUAAAGUAGAGGCAGCUGCACUCAUUGAAAACGAGAAGCGCAUCCUCUUCAAAUUUGAUAAGGCAGCAUUUUCUUUCAAGUUUUUGCCUUUCAAGGUCCCAUAUCCAGUUCCUUUUCGAUUGCUUGGGGAUGAAGCAAAAGGGUGGCUGGACACUACAUACCUCUCUCACACAGGAAAUAUUCGUAUUUCUAGAGGCAAUAAGGGAACUACGUUUGUGCUUCAAAAGAAGAUUGAACCCAGGCAAAAACUCCUGUCAGCUAUCUCGACUGGACAGGGAGUAGAGCAGGCUAUUGAUACACUCAUUUCAAAUCACAAUAGUGCUCCAGUUGAUUUGGAAUUUUUAGCUGGCAAAUGGAGACUACUGUGGACUUCACAGCCAAAGGAUGGGACCUGGUUGGCAAAAGCCACUAGUGCUCGUCAGAGUUUGCAGACAGUCAAGGGUAAUGGGCAACUCGAGAAUAUGGCUGAAUUCAUUCCUUUAUUCGGACCGCGAUCAAGGGGCAAUUUUACAGUGACCUCCAAUAAGCGAUAUGAAGUGAAUAUUGAAGAUGCUGCAUUAGAAUUCAGCUCUCUCAAGCUUCCCUUGAAAAGCACCUCCAAGAUGUCUUUGGAGUUGUUGUAUGUAGAUGACAAGGUCCGUAUUAUGUGCUCAGAGGAGGGGUGGCUAUUUGUACAUAUCCGUGAAAGCGACUCCAAAUGAUAUUAUACUAGCAUAUAUUGUAUUUGUAAGAAAAUAAAUUUAUAAUUAAUUGGCUUAAGGUUCAAGUGGAAAUGACUUAUUUGUAACAGUAUAUUAAAAAAUGGAUGGUGGCAAAAAAAUUCGUCCUUGAUUCACUUGAAGUAAUAGGUAACUAAAAUCCCCUAUAUAGCAUAACAACAUGCACUUGGCAGUUAUAUUUGUUUACGAAUGUAGGAUUGCUGGUAUAUAUGUGCAUAUCAUCUUGACUCUAAAGUAAGAUGAUAUGCAUAUCUAGAUGUGUGUGUAUUUAGUAUAGUUAUUGUGCAAGAGGGAGUGAAAAAAAAUUCAAUUAUUUUGGAUAGUGACCAUUUAUAUUUGUACAA